ACUCACAGUUCCGAGGAUGCGCCCUGGGUCUCCUGGCCUCCGUUAUAAGGCAGGAGGCGGGGCUAAACACACAAGACGCAAACGCAACCAGUCAUUCGCCCAACAUGCAGAAGGACACACGCGACUUGCUCUUACCGCUAGUUAGUUUCCCCUUUUCCCAUUGCUAUUAGAUUGCCUGGACAAUAUUCGUUUCUGAAUAUAGCCAUCCUCUUACUUUCACAAGCAUUGGCUAUAUUUGAAACUGAGAUGUUGUUGCAGUCUAUAGAAUGUGCUUCUGUACAAGGGACUCAACAUGAGAAGUGAUUCUUCCCUUUGAUGGUACGUGUUGACCAGUUCGUCCAGCUGCAUACCCACGUUAAAAGAACAUUGAAGAAAAUGAUGGGGUUUUGUCGCCGCUGGUGAAAAUGCCGCCAACACCUGUGUCUUCGGGAUUCAAGAAUUUUUCGUCGGUGCCUCGAAAAAGCAUGGCCCAAGGACAUCGUAGAGGCGUAGGAUGCUACCUCCUGACGGGACUCUGCCUCCUAGUACUCCUGAGGACGUGUACCUCCCUUGCCCCGGCCAGCAGCGACGAAGAGCCCCUGGCCUGGGAUGACCUUAUGGAGGAGGUCGAGGAGAUGCUUUGGGAUAAGAGGCACUGCGGGGUCGAGCACGCCCUUUGCUCGCAUAACGGCACCACGAGGCUCGUCAAUGAGUCGAGUCCUGUGUUCGUCGGUGGGCUCUGUAGCCAAUGCCACUGCGACGACGACUGCCUUCGAUACGGCGACUGUUGCCUGGACAAAACUCAGGCAUCCUGGGGAGUCAGCAGCGAGGGAGCGAGUGAGCGGUUCAACUGCAGGAAGACAGAGUCGAUGAGUUCUGUCGGCAUCCUCAUGAUAGACUCCUGUUUAGCCCCCUACGCCGGACAGCCCCUGGAGCGUAUGUGUUUACAAGAUGUGCCAAGAGAAGACUAUCAUUACAUGCUAGAUGUGGCCGUAACCUCCAGAGUUACCAACAUCACGUAUGUUAAUUACUACUGCGCCCUUUGCAACGAUGACGCCUACGCUAUACAGAACUGGACUAUCAACAUCGCUUGCAAACCAGGAGAGAGGCCCGAGAAUAUCACCAUAGCAGAAUUCAUGGGCAACGCAACCUACUACCCAGGUCUACGCCAGUGGGUUCGCCUCGUGUACAAAACUGACGAGGCUGGCAAGUCGAGGCGCGAGAGACACAUCUGUUACACACAGAUUGCUGAGUUCCUUGAUGCCCAACGAUUCGGCGGCAGACCGUGCAUCUACCCGAAGAGCGAGUGCCUGAAGAGAUUCGUCGGUCGAAACAAGUGUCAGGAGCAAGUACGCCAUUGUGAUCCUGACUGGCCCGACAGCACAGACUUUGAGAAAUGUGAGCGAUACUCCCUAAUGGUAGCGUACACUGACUCAAGAAAACGGAUGACGUAUUACAAGAACCCCCACUGUGCUCGGUGCAACUUCGCCAACGCCUCCGUGGGCGAGCUGCAGUGCCUCCCGCCCACUAGGUGGUCGCAGUGCGUGAAUGGCUUCAGGCAGACUUCCCCUCCACGUCUCCCGCCCAGUUUCAGCGUCCUCAUGGACUUCCGGGGCGGCCGUUGCGACGAGGCCACGGAGCUGUGGGAUCCGGUCCUCGAGAUCUGCCACAAGAUCCACUGCGGCCACCUGUUCAGGCUGGUGGCCGGCCGCUGCGAGAGGGACGUCGAGGCCUACGAGUCGCUCUCGAACUCGAGCCUCCUGGACAGUUCGUGCCCCAAGAGGCUCCUCAACCUGACGGAGUAUGUGCCCCGAGGCGACGGCUCCAUCUUCGUCAACGCCUCCAAGAAGGUCUACGCCAAGGGGGAGUUCGAGGUCAGGAAUGACACGCAUGUCCUCAUCUGCCACGACGUGAGCCACUAUGCCGAGGCCUUCGGCGCCGUCCACCAGUACCUGACGCUGGUCGUGCUGAGCGUCUCCCUCGUGGCCCUGGCGCUGCACAUAGCCAUCUACAUGCUCGUCCCGCGGCACAGGAACCUGCCGGGGAAGAACCUGUUCUCCCUCUCGUGCUGCCUCUUCGUCGCCCACGUCCUGUUCCUGACGGGGACGAGGGAGACGGGCGUGCACGGCCUGUGCGUGUUCCUGUCGUGCAGCCUCCACUACUUCUGGCUCGCCUCCUUCUGCUGGAUGAACGUGAUGAGCGUGGACGUGUGUCGCACCUUCAGCAGCCAGCUCUACCGCGGCGACUCCGACGGCGGCAGGACCUACCUCCUCUACUCGCUCUACGCCUGGACAGUCCCCGCGCUCGUGGUGUCGCUGGCGCUGCUGCUGGACUGGGUCGACCUCCUGCCGGACUACCGGCCGGAGUAUGCGACGCGGCUCUGCUGGAUCAACAACCGCCACGGCCUGGCGCUCUUCUUCCUCCUGCCGGUGGGCGCCAUCGUCCAGGAGAACCUCGUGCUCUUCCUCAUCUCCACUUAUGGCAUCUGCAAGCAGAUGAAGGCGGCGCGCUACGCCAACGUGAGGUCACAGAGCACCAGGGAAGGGCGGCACGGCGAGAAGGCGCCCAGGAGGAAGUCGGACGCACUGAGAGACGGAGUUUCGAGGAAGACAGCCCAGCAAACCCGACGCGCCAGGAAGGAGAGGGGGCGACUGAUACUCUACAUGAAGUUAGGCGUCAUCCAGGGCCUCACGUGGCUCACCGGAUUCAUAGCGGCGUUCGCGGAUAUCCCCGCGUGCUGGUAUCCCUUCACGGUUCUCAAUGGACUCCAGGGAGCCUUCAUCUUCAUCGGUUUCGACAUGAAGCGAAAGGUGGCGGAGGCAGUGUGGGAGGCGGUGACGGGGCGGCCAUGGAUCAAGAAGAGCUCCUCCAAGGACACCCGCACGACCACCGUUGGCCAAAGCAGCAACAGCCACAACAGGUCGUCCAAAUCGUACAGUGACUCAGACGGCGAAGCUCUGAUCAAAAAUACGAGUGAAGAUCCAUUGGUUCAUGAAAAUACGACAUGGGACAGCAACGUAAGCUUGACCACGCUCUCAAAGGUCACAUUCAAAGGCAGCUCGGCAGCAACCAAGACCUGGAAGUCAUCAUCCCUCUCCAGCGACUCCCCGCAGCGAGGUCAAAGGUCGGACCGCGCAACAGGGACAGGUCGUGGCGGCGCGGAAAGGCUGAGCAACGGUGACCUCCGCGGCGGGGUCGUGAGGGGCAAAUUCGAGGAUGAGGGUGUCAGUGUGAGUGAUGUCACAAGGGGUCAGUGAGGCUCUCCCCAGUGACUUCCGGACCAACAGCAGAAGCCGGAGAGAAGAAACAUCAUUAAAAUCAACCCGAGGCCUUCCUUCAACCAAGUCAUAAUAACACAGCAAAUAACACAUGAGAGGGGCUAAUGUCUGUGAGCGUGUGAGACGAAAUGGGCACAUGGAUUAAGUGGUAUGAGUGAGCCUUUUUAAUGAGCUGAUGAGUUUAUUAUUUAAAGUGGAAUGUAUGGGUUCUGGGUUGACGGAUGUGGGCUAUGUAGACUGAUGAGAUUGUGGAACGAGAGCAAACUAGUUAAAGUAGAGGAUUUAUGAUAUGAUGAUAACAAUGCAUUCUGGUGUUGAAGGUGAUUUGGGACUUAACAAUUUACAGGAGGUACAUAACAAGACCCAUGAAACAGACAAAAUAACAGAUAUACACAGGGAUUUCAUAAUAUAUAGAAUAGGUUACACUAAUUAUAGUAAAAUUUGUUAGUACUUAGAAUCACACCAGAACACGAAGUAUAAGAUGAACUGCACUUCUCUUUACACACUGUGGAGCAGAUGUAAAACCUAUAUAGUAUACUCUAUGCACUCUGCAUUUUUGCAAAAAAAAAAACUUACUAAAAAAAAUAUAAAAAAUAAAAAAAUAAAUAACAGAUAUCUUUAUAAGAAUUUUGUUUUCAGUCUGGAAGCUUACCUGAAUGCUUUACUGUGCAUAUUCCCCUAUCAUUUACUUACUAUGUAUGUUACCACAGGAGAGAAAUGAAGUUGUGUCUGUCACUAAUCUUGAUCAUAUAUAUGUUUCCAUGUUAAGCUAUAUUCACCAGUGAUAUAUAUCAUUUGCUUCAACAAGUAAACAUUCUAGGCUUAAUGUAUAUAUAUAUUUUUUUUUUGUCUUUUAAGUAGCAGAUGCAGUGAGUACACAUAAAAUCAUCUAAUCAAUGGAAUGAACGGACACUAUUUGUAGGUUACCGAUGUGUAUGUAAACUUGUGAUAUUAUGGAUCUAUAAGGGUAUAUAAUACAUACUGAUAAGUAAUGA